AUGGCUCGUAUUGUACUCAAAAGUAUAAAACCAAAUUAGUAAAAAUAAAUAUUUAGUAAAGUAUAUGAUGGUAAAAAGUAGAAUGAAUAUGUCUUUUGUAUUACAUGCAUUUUCAAUCUUCGAUUUUUAUGUAUGAUUCAUAAUAGUUAUAAUAAAGAAAAAGCUUUUGCAUUUCUUGAGGCUAUUCUUUAAGAAUACUAAAAUUGUUCUAAAAGUAUUAUAAAUUCAAUAUUUUAGAUUCUGAUUUUAAUAAUGGGUAAUUCUCUUACCAACUAUGUCUUAUGAUGAAAGCUUUUAAUCAAUUUGAUUAAAAAGAUGCAUUAACUAAUCUUGAAGAUAUUGUAGAAGACUUAAAUGAAUCAACAUUUCAAAAUUUGCGUAAAAUGAUUAGUAUUUAUAAUAUUAAUUAGAAAGAGAAAUUCGACUUGUUGUAUUAGUGAAAAAAACAGAAGAAUUAACUAAAAAUGCAGAUAUUAUAUUUAAGUUUAGUAGAAAUGUACAUAGAGCAACAAGAGGCAAUGAGUUUAGAUUUGGAGGAAAAGUAUUAAUAUUAUCAUUUGUUAUUUUUGCAAUUUUGAGUAUAUACAUCUAUUUUAAAUUUAUUACUAAAUUUCUAAAUUAUUAAAAUGA